GUUGCAGUGCACCACCAGUCUUCUUUUCUUUUCUAUUCACUUUGCCUUGAUGCCUGAAAUGCCUUCGUAGUUCGUUCUCUGAUCUGGUCACUGGUCUUCGUCGCAGUAACAUGAUAACAUCCUCAUUCGCCGGUACACGCGACGAAACAAUAAUUUAAUACUGUGAAGUUGGUGAAUUUUCGCGUAUUUCAUUAAUCGAAUAUCCAAAUUUUCUUUUGAUUUUAUGCUUUGUUUUGUGCAGACCACGAAUAUCAUUUCGUCAAGAAACACAAUUCAUAGUAAAUUCAAAAAUGCAGCAGACGGGCAGAAUGAAGUGCCCCCUAGGCAAAUGCAAGUGUAGUAGCACAUGCGAGUGUAGUAGUCUUUGCAAAUUCACCACCAACUCCAUUAAGGAGUUACAAAGGCAUAAGGCUACGCAUGCAUUACCCGCGGACCCACAUUACUCAUACCGAAAACGGAAAAAUAAGCCUAACGCGCGGCUUCACCUGUGCCACCGAGUUAGCCGGCGCAAUAUUGCACUAAAAGCUAUGAGAACCCGCCGAAAAAACGAAGCACAACAGAAAGGGAGUCCAGUUUUUGGAAUUGCUGAUCCGGGAGAUUCUGCGGUGAAGUCUGAUGAACAACAAAUGAAGCCGCAGGAGGAUUGCGAUUCGUACUAUUCCUGUUCCGAAGAUAAUGACGAUACCAAAGCGCCUACGCCGCCAUCGGCCGUUCCCUGCAGUUCCAUUUACAGUCGGGCUCAGAUUAAGAUACGUAAAAUCGACUGGAGCGAACAAGCGAAAAAUAAUAUUUUGAACGCGCGCCUCAACGAACAUAACGUCAACAGAUGCGACGAAGGCGAUUUGUUGGUCACAACCGCAACCUGUUCAGCGAUGACGACGACGACGACGACCACAGGGCGUCCACUGGCAAGAAAAACAAGGAGAAUAAGGCGAUAGGAAGGAUUUCAUUCGAGCUAGCAAGAAUUUUGACAAUUUCUGUGUAACAGCAAGGAUUUUUCGAGAAAGUUCCUCUUGAAUUUUCAAGAUGUUUUGAACUUAUAAAAGUGCAUUUUCCAUUUUUUUUCUUGUAAUUUUUCUCAUUAAAAAAUGUUGCUUUCUA